CUCUCAUCGCCGCCCGCGGAAGCAAACCCGGCCCCGAUCCCGCCGGCAACCUUUUCCCCCGACAACCCCUUAUCGCACGAAAUCCCCAAUUGCCGCCCACAGUCCACUCCCGGCCGCGGGCGUCGUCCGUCACCGCAAUGAGCUCGACCAUCCUCACCGCCCGCAGGGUCGGCAUCCGCGCCGCCCUGCGCACAAACCGCGCCCACGCAGUGCGCUCGUACGCUCUCCCCGUCAACUUCAAGCCAGAGCAUGACCCCCAGCUCGGAGACUACCCCGACCUGCCCUAUGUGUCGCGCCAACGUCUGCCUGCGCUGGGAUGGGAUGACAAGCAGAUGCGCCGCAACUUUGGGGACCCUCUCCAUGAGCGAGACGAGAUUCUCUCCAUGUGGGGUCCCGAUGCACCCACAGUCCCGCCAUCGACUGCGCUCCGUCACUUCAUCAUCGCCUUCUCCGGCAUCGCUGCGUUCGGUGUGUUCUGCAAGUACACUCUCGUCCCCGCGAGGCCAGCAGUUCCGCGGGAGUAUCCCUUCUCGGGCCUGGUGACCGAGUUGGGAGGUCUGGAGGUCAACAAGGCAAGGGAGGAAUCCAUAGAGGAGGAGGAAUGAACACAUUACGAGUUGCCUGUUACUUGUGACAAGCAAGAAGCUGUUUUCUGCUCUGCGACCGCACGCGAGGUUCACUCAUGGAUGAGAUCAUCAGCCGUCCGAGAAGUAGGUCACGAAACAGGUACGCGCUCACAGCUGCCAGUGCAUGUCGACAUGGUUGGGAGUCGGUCCUUGAAGUGCAUAAUCAAUCAUCGCAUGCACGAUCCUUCCGGUCUGCUGUCUUUCACCGUGAAUAGCCUCCCUAAAUCUGUCAGUAUUUUGAGACUCUUCCAGGCAUAGCAGUCGUUCCAGAUGCGUGGUUGACU